AUGUCAGUAAUAACGGACUGGAAUGCAGCAGCAGCAGCAGCAGCAGCAGCAGCAGCAGCAGCAGCAGCAGCAGCAGCAGCAGCAGCAGCAUCAUCAUCAGUAGCAGCAGCAGCAGCAGCAGCAGCAGCAGCAGCAGCAGCAGCAGCAGCAGCAGCAGCAGCAGCAGCAGCAGCAGCAGCAGCAGCAGCAGCAGCAGCAGCAGCAGCAGCAGCAGCAGCAGCAGCAGCAGCAGCAACAGCCACAGCAGCAGCAGCAGCAGCCACAGUAGCAGCACGGGUAGCAGCAGUGUCAGGGGCACGGGUCAGGACCGCGUCAGCUGUCGCGUGCGUUGGAGCGACAACAGUUGGAGCUACAGCAGCUGGAGGAGCAGCAGCAGUAGCAGCAGCAGCAGCAGCAGCAGCAGCAGCAGCAGCAGCAGCAGCAGCAGCAGCAGCAGCAGCAGCAGCAGCAGCAGCAGCAGCAGCAGCAGCAGCAGCAGCAGCAGCAGCAGCAGCAGCAGCAGCAGCAGCAGCAGCAGCAGCAGCAGCAGCAGCAGCAGCAGCAGCAGUAGCAGCAGCAAGAGCAACAGCCGCCGCAGUGGGAGCAGCGGGAACAGCAGCAGCCGCCACAGCAGGAGCAGCGGGAAUAACAGGCGCAGCUGCGGCCACAGGAGCAGCAACAUCCGCAGCAGCAGCAGCAGCAGCAGCAGCAGCAGCAGCAGCAGCACGAGCAGCACGAGCAGCACGAGCAGCAGCAGCAACUGUGGCCGCCUACGCCUCCUAUCUAUGUGACUGA